GGCAGCCCCCCUUGGAUGUCAGGGUCCUGCGGGUGGUUGUGGUGCAGGAAGAUGGCGGCCUCCUUGAGACUUGGCUGCCGAGGGAUCGUCAGGUCAUUCGUGGCGGGUGUCGGGAGCCGGGGACGGGCAGGCGGUUUUAGGCUUCUUCACACGACCGAGAGACAAUGGGGGGCACCAUCUGUUCAGAUCUUUAUGCCAGCGCUGUCUCCCACCAUGGAGGAAGGAAACAUAGUGAAAUGGCUGAAGAAGGAAGGUGAGAUUGUGAACGUGGGAGAUGCCCUUUGCGAAGUGGAGACCGAUAAGGCGGUGGUUACUAUGGAGUCUAGCGACGAUGGAAUCCUAGCUAAAAUUAUGGUUGAGGAAGGCAGUAAAAAUAUACGUCUUGGAUCCUUGAUCGCUCUUAUGGUGGAGGAAGGACAGGACUGGGCACAAGUGGAGAUACCAAGUGCUCCUCCGCCAAGUACCACCACCACCAGCACAGCCGCUUCUCCCAUCACCGUAACACCACAGAAGAGCCCAGCCCAGCCUGGAAAACUUGGGGAUGCACUACGAGCCCUAUCCCAAAAGGGCGAAACGCCAGCGAGAGCGGUGCAGCCGGCUCCUGCCAUACAACCAGAGAAAGUGGCACCAGUAGCUCCACAGCAGCCUAUACCCCCAUCUGCGGGUGUCGUCCAGCGACCAUCAGAACCUCCAAUGUCCAUACCUGGAGGACCCCCAGCUCCGGGGACGUUUACUGAAAUACCAACCAGUAACAUCCGAAAGGUUAUCGCCAAGAGACUAACGGAAUCCAAAACCACCAUCCCGCAUGCCUACGCCAGCACGGACUGCAAUCUCGGCGCGGUGCUCAAACUGAGGAAGGAGCUGGCCAAAGAUAACGUAAAGGUCUCCGUGAAUGAUUUCAUCAUCAAAGCCACGGCGGUCACUCUCAAGCAAAUGCCCGAAGUAAACGUUGCUUGGAACGGCCAAGGGCCAAGCCAGCUGGAGUCCAUUGACAUCUCUAUCGCCGUGGCAACCGAUCGAGGUCUGAUCACCCCUAUAAUAAAGCAAGCGGGCAACAAGGGAAUUCAAGAGAUCGCCGACACUGCAAAGGCCUUGGCUCAGAAGGCAAGAAGUGGAAAACUGUUACCGGAGGAAUACCAGGGAGGAUCCUUCAGCAUCUCUAACCUUGGCAUGUUUGGCAUCACCGGGUUCAGCGCUGUAAUAAACCCCCCACAGUCCUGUAUUUUGGCUGUGGGAAGCUCCAGGACGGAGUUGGCUCUGGCAGAAGACGAAGAAGGGAACCCGGAGAUCUCCAAGAAGGAGCUGCUGAAUGUAACGUUGUCCAGCGACGGACGCCUGAUCAGCAACGAACUGGCCUCCAUGUUCCUGGAACGCUUCCGAACCAACCUGGAGAACCCAGUCAACUGUGCCCUACUGUGAGGGAAUGCACUUUUCAUGUGAUAUGAUGGUGGGGGGUUCCAGAACUGCCAUAUAUUCUGGUAACCCCUCCCCCCCCCCCCAAAGUGAACAAACCUUGUAUAGAAUGGAUUAAUAAAGCAGAUUAACUUAUUAGAAACCUCAGUUUGUGACUCUUCAUAUUCAUCCGAGACCGGCAGAAGACUUUUUUUGUAGAGAAAUGAUCACUUGUGGUCACCGAAUGGAGGAACCUGUCAUGUCCCUGGGCCCCACACACCGGCUCCUGGACCUGACGGGUCAGUAGAACAUCGUUCCAAUGCUGUUCUUCACAGCUCUCUUGUAUGGUAUGCUAAAAUACAGGCAGUAGAAGAGGAGGCAGAUGAAGACUAUGCAUAUUUUCGGCUUCAUUUCGGUCCAAUAUUUAUACCAAAACCCUGAAAAGGGUGCAAAUAUUUCCUUUUGUGUCACUUGGUUUACUGUGUGAGAACUUAGAAGAAGUAAGGAAGGACUGCAGGAAUCGGACUUCACAGAGUUUGUUGUCUGUUACUGUAGAGACGCAUUGGUCUGCACAGGUGCUGUAGACAGAUUAGCAAAAGUCAAGACGUAUAGUUAAGUUGUUUUACUUUUUAUUUUAUCAGCAUCAAAGUACUCCCAACAAUUAUUUGCAGAUAUGUUCAUAUCCUUUCAUAUCUGGGGUGGGAAUACAAUGUCAUAGAUCUGUGGUGGAUCAGACUACACAGAGUUUUUUGCCUAUUACCAUAGAGACUCACUGGUUUGCACAGGUGCUGUAGACAGGUAACAGAAGUCUAGACAUUUAGUUAAGUUGUUU